AUGGCAAACAAAGUCAUCAUGUCCUCCUCAGCCUCCAGCACUUGUUUUCACACCGAUCCACGCAUCAAGAUGACCUUUGACGUUGUAAACUGGGACGCCCUUUCUUCUCUCGCAUGCAAGCACUUCCAGGUUGAUUCUUCACAUUGGGGAGCCCAAAAGUCCGGGGGUUAUAACCUCAUCCGUUUCCUCCACCUGCACGACUCCCAAAAUACCACUCUUAUUGCCCGCGUGCCGCUGCGUGAUGAGGAAGGCCUAGACACCUCCAUUCCGAAACGCAUCGAGAGCGAAGUGGCGACAAUGGAGUAUGUUGAAAGGUAUACCAACAUCCCACUGCCCCACGUCUGUCAUUACAGCGUUGAUGCUGGCGGAGAUGUUCGGUCGCCUUACAUCCUCAUGACCAAAGUGGAAGGCACGCCGCUUGCUUCAGUGUGGGACGACAUGGACGACGAAAAGCGGCGCAUCGUACUCCGUCAAGUCAUUGGCGUCCUCCUUGAGCUAUGGUCGCAUCGCUUCGAUAAGGUUGGUGCGCUUUUCAAGCGUCCUGAGAGGGGUGGGGGGAAGGAUCCAUGGUAUAUUGAAUCGUCCACGGUUCUCAAAAACCCGACCGACACCAUCGAAUGUCAAUACAACCUUUUGACCACGUCGUUUCCCCACGCCGCGGAUUAUUGGCUAGCUUACUCCAAUGCUUACCUUCGCAAUGAAUGCGAGACGAGGUUUGGCUAUAAAGCCAAAGAAUACAGCUAUGCACAUGGAUGGUUCAUGCGCUCUCUCGUUCCUGCCUUAUUCGAUCCCUCCAACGAUGCCCACGGACAUCCCCUCACCCAUGGUGAUUUUCACUCCCAAAAUAUCAUGUUCACCGACCUGGACACCCAUCCCCGCCUUAGCGCUGUCAUCGACUGGGAGUUCUCCGGUACGGAAUACGUGUCGACGUUUGGGCAAUACCCAUUCUUCAUCGUUGAUCACCCUUGGUGGGACGAAGACCACCCGCUGCGCGAGAGAAACGUGCGAGAUCAGGCCACCUUCGACGAGAUCCUUUUCGAAGAGGAGCGCACAUCUGCCCGAGUUGGCGGUGCGCCACUUUCACGCCUGAUCUCUGAGAGUUAUGGCGUCUAUCUCUUCCAACAGGUGAUGCAGUUCCCUAGGGAAAUGUAUGCCCCACUUUUUCCGCUGCUAGUCAAGCAUGUGUUAGGCGAGUACGGGGAUUUCUCGUACAGCUAUUUCGAUGCCUUGUUGGAAAAUGGUAUAUUGAAGAAGGAGCUGACACGUUUUGAUCAGGAGGCGGAGGCGUUUCUUGAAGCACGGCGAGUUUUAGGCGAAGAAAAGGUUAAGAUGCUAAUCAGGUUGGUUGAGUUCAAGGACUUGAUUGCAAAGGACCUUGAGAGAUUCAACGAAGGAAGUGUAGUACGCGAGUGGUUGGCGUCUGUAACCUGA